AUGCAUCCAACUCACAAUUAUCGGCACUCUCGACGGUCUGCUUGUGAUCGUUGUCGCGGGCAAAAAUUGCGAUGCGAGCGCGAUCAUAUGAAUGGCAUGUCUUGUGAGCGAUGCCUUAAGGCCCAAGAAAUUUGUAUCACAAGUAUGAACCAGCCUGCACCGGUCAUCUUGCCCUCAAAUCAUGGUCAAAACCAGGUUGCCCGAGAAGAGUGUGAGAGUCAAAGAUUUAAUCAAAGGCAUGAUACAAUGUCUAUUCUACACAAAUCAUCCGACUCUAGAGUGAAGAAGUCGUUGCAUUCUCCUCCAAUCACAGGGAGAUACAAUAUCAAAGAACAUCAGUACUGGGGGGGAGUAAUGUCAAUGCCAGGUUUCCCUGAAGGCAACUUCCAUUAUUCCACAGCAGACAUUGGGUUUAAUAUGCCCCUAGACUUUGGAACAGCCAUGCCUCCUGUUGAGCAAUGGGGUGAACAUCAUGCAAACUGGUCAACCGAUGCUUAUAACAUGCCUUCUGAUUGGAUGCCAUCAGAUCAAAUAUAUCCUUACGAGGCAAAUACUUGUUUUCCCUCUGUUUUCACCAGUGAUGCCCCAUCAGGUGCCAGACAAGCCACUGAAAUGGCAAGUUUCCAGCCUUUUCAGACGAAGCGUAUCAAUGGUGGCGAGAACGAAUCGCUCUUUACAAUAAAAGAUCUUCCGAAUCCUGGAUGGCUGAAUUGUCCAGAUCUUGAAACUCCAAGAAAGCCUUCCCCAAUGACAACAAGCCAAGGAGUCCUGUUCUCUAUGAAAGAUAUUCGCAAGAGUCUCCUGAGAUUGAAAAUGGGGCUUCUUGAAGAUUUGGAGCUGUUCGAGACCGGGUCGAUGCUCCUAGAAUCUUCCUCGCUCUUCUACGAAAAUUCUAAUUUGUCGAUUGAAACCCUCGACCUUCCAAUAUAUCGUCUGCUUGAUCACUCCUCUUGGCUUUUGGAAAUUGUUCAAUCCUUGUGUGGUACAACUGAAGAAACCUUGGAUGCUACACUUGCUACACAGCAAUUUGUAUCAGAGAACAGCGGAUAUCAGGACUCUUUUUUGAUGCUUCCAGACGCCUGCGACAGUGGUUUGGAUGAGGAUGUUAGUACAGCAUCCCCACAUGAUUCUGGGUAUCAUACGGCGACAACAUCUCCGGAUCGAACAACACCGACAAUCCCGAAAUUCGACAUAGUACUGUGGCUUGGCAUAUUGGAAGCACAUUGCUCACUUGUUCGCAUAUAUCGUGCCGUUCUCAUGCGCUUGUAUCAGCUUUUUCUGAUCAUUCCUCCAGCUGAUGCAGCUACGAUUCUGCUGUUACCAAAAGUACGGUUCGGGCAGUUUCAUUUGGAUGGAAAUCUCAUCGCCCAAGUUCAAUUAUUGGUGGAGUUCAGUUCUACAAUGAUGGAUAAGCUUGAUCGAGCCCUUCAGUUGCGGUCAGGCUCAGCUCAACACCGACCCGAUCGAGAGUUUGACCCAUCUGAAACAGUUCGACGGAUGGAUUGGUCGACCUCGAUCCGCGAGAUUGUCCAAGCACAAGAACAAGAUCCUUGUGAAAUGUCUUUGAUGGAAAUAAUGGAGUGCUUGCGGCAACUCGUUAAAGACCCAGUCCUUAUUUAA